CAUAGCAGACGUGUUUGUUGUCGUUGUCACGCGUAUAUGUGUAUCAGUAAUAAUAUUAAAAAUGAAUCUGUUCCGUUCAACAUUUUUGGUUUCUUUGAUUUUAUGUUUCUUUCUGAGCAGCAGUCAUGCUGAAACUGAGGAGGAUACGUCCACGGACUUAUACGUGAUCGAGGGUAAAGUUUUUGGUUGGGAAAACUCAGCAAACUCAGGAUGGCAGCUAAUGACUCACGUCAUGGCCAACGGAGGCGAGCAUUACGGAUUCCUCAGGGAAGAUGGAACAUUUGCCAUUUCUAACGUACCCCAUGGUUCAUACAUUGUAGAAGUUGUUAACCCCAACUAUGCUUAUGAGCCUAUUAGAGUAGAAAUUAAUUCCAAGGGAAAAUUCAGAGCAAGAAAAGUCAAUUUAAUACAAACAUCUCAAGUAAUACAAGUACCAUAUCCAUUGAAAAUGAGACCAUUAGCGCCAUUCAGGUAUUUCCAAGUUAGAGAGCAAUGGAGAGUGACUGACUUCUUAUUCAAUCCAAUGAUUCUCAUGAUGAUUGUACCUCUCUUACUCGUUAUGGUUUUACCUAAAUUAAUAAAUGAUCCUGAAACUAAAAAGGAAAUGGAGCAGUUGAACAGUUUAACAAAUUACAAUAUGCCAGAAAUGUCGGAGUUGAUAACUAGUUUUCUAUCAGGAGGAGAAAAGCAGAAGCAGAAACCAGUGAAAUAUUCCAAAGUGAAAACAAAGUAAAUUACUGUUUGUUUUAUAUUUCUAGUCUCAAAUGAAUUUUAUAGUAGCAUUUUAAAAUGCAAUUCACAUUUGAUACAAAAAUAAGGAUCACCAUUCUUGUUUUUACAACUGUAUAUAAUUCAUAAAGUGUGUAUUAGAAAAAUUAGGAUGGGUUAUCACAAUACUAAUGAAUGCUUGUCAGCAGCUCUUGUUACAUUUGGAAUGAUCGUUUUUAUUAUUUCACUUUGUUAAUCGACCAAAUGAUUAAAAAUUUCAAUGUAUGUAAAACUUGAAAUGAAUUUUAUCGUACUACUUUAAAUUAGAGAAUUACAAUUCAUUGACUAGCCUAAAUUGUAUGAUUCACUGUUUUUAAAAAUUAUAUAAAUGUUUGUAUCUCUUAAA